AUGUACACGGCAUCAUGGAUUUUCUUUUGCUUUUUCAACGCCUUUUCGUUCUGCUUCUCCCGCUCAAUUCUGGACCUGUGGUUGCUACUCACGGGUGCUUCGGCUGCCAUCGCCCCCCCUCAGUCCACGCGCACCAUCAUCACCAAGGAGGUGGGCAUGGGUGACCCUGUGACCAGGGCGCUGGGCUUCAUUCUCAAGUUCUUCCACAUCAGCCUCAACGUGCCGCUCGUAUCACAGUACGUCUCGCUGGUGUUCAUAGGAAUCCUUAUCACUGUCUCCAUUAGAGGCUUCCUCACUAACCUCACCAAGCACCGCCACAUCCGUCAUGUUAGCCUCCGCCUUGCCUUCAUUCACCUGCUCACUCUUUUCGCGUCUCAACGUAUAUGUCCUUCCAUACUCUUCCCCUCUCCCCUCGCUCACCACUCCUCCCCUCCCCCUCCUCCGCACCCCUUGCAUUUCCUCUCGGCAGUGUCAGGAGGGGCCAGUUGGGCGUCAGGCAGUCGCUUUUCAAGUACCUUCCCUCACCACUCCACCCGCCACCACCCCCAGUUCCUCUCGGCAGUGCCAGGCGGGGCCAGUGGGGCGUCAAGCAGCGCGGUGCUCUUUAUCGGUGUCGGGCGGCGCCAGUGGAGCCUCAAGCAGGUAGUUUAUUCUCUUCAAGUACCCACCCUCAUCCUACCCACUUUCCCUCACCACUCCACUCCCCAUCCCUCUCCAGUUCCUCUCAGCAAUUUCCUCUCAGCAGUGUCAGGCGGCGCCAGUGGGGCGUCCAGCAACGCAGUGCUCUUCCUGGCGGAGAUCAUGGGCACCUACUUCGUCUCAUCCAUCCUCCUUAUAAGAAAUAGCCUUGCGCUGCAAUACAGGCUUCUGAUCACGGAGGUACUCGGAGGCGACAUUCAGUUCAACUUCUUCUAUAGGUGGUUCGAUGCCAUAUUUGUUGCCAGCUCUGUCAUCACCAUUGUGGUUUUUGCUGCUCAGCACACUUCAAAGCGAACAGACAAGCACCCCAUUGAUUAA